AUGCUCGGAAGCGAACCUAAAUAUACCCUGGACACACAAAUAACGAUUAUAUUAUAUACCGUUUAUAGUUGAGAAAAUAUAAUAAUCAUUGGCCACUCAUGAAUGUGCGUUUCUUUCCCAUCUCGGCUUCCCAUCGACCUUUUUCCGAUUGCGAGCGAAUCGCAAUUACCGCUGAUAGCGGCUGAUAGUUAUAGCAGUUCUUUGCCAGGGAAACCAGCAGAUGAGUAGAUAAGUAAAAGCACUCUCGAACGAACGGGUAGCAGCGUGCCGUAUCUGCCGAAACGCUUCGUAUCGAUCUACGUUCUCGUCGAGCGUCGAACGUCAAAAAGUACCGUAGCUAUUGCGAAUGCUCUAUUGCAUUGUCAUCGAAAUAAAUUUGCUGUCUCAAAAAAGUGACAAAAAAAAAAGAAAAGAAAAAGAAUCCGAACGAGCGAGGUAAGUUAUCUUUCAUUUUUACACUUCUCAUAAUCGCGAAACAAUUAAUUAAAUAACAUUUCGAACGUUUCGUAGGUUUACGUAAUCGUGAUGCAUGGCUCGAUGUGUAUCUUGGUAUUUCGUAGAGUACCAUCGGAAACCCGUUUCUUUCCGUGUGUAUGUGUAUGUGCGCGUGUACGUGCGAAAGGUAAGUCGUCAGCGUAUUAGCUGAUUGAUCGUUUUCACGUUUCUCGCAUGAUUCUCGCGGAUAAAAAUUGUUUCGAUGAUUCCCCGGUGGGUUUUGCACGACGGUUUUAUUAGGGCACGCAACGACCCUAGAGACGACCUCGUCGUCGUUGCGAGACACAAAUAGCCACGGCUGUAUAAAGUGCUACGAACACGUAUCCCCAGUUUGACUUCUCUGUAAAUAGAUGUAUAUCCGUGCGAGGUUCCUUAAUCAUCGCGGCAUUACUUCUUUGACCAUUUUAAGACUAAUUUUAAUCGCGAGCCGUCAGAAGCUUAAGCCUAAAUCGUCUAAAUUCAAGCGGGCUGAAAACUUUCAAAACUCUACAAUUCUACAAUGUAUAAACAAGUACUUGCAAGUUUUCUUUUUCAGAACUAUGUAUCUGAAAGAAAGCAACGUUACUGAGUCGGACGUAAAUGCAUCCACGAAUGCUCCAUCGACCGACUUGCCGAGAAACGAAGAAAACAUGUUUUGGAUCUUGAUGGACUGCUUCCUGUUCGUUGCGAUCGUUUUGGGGAAUGUCCUCACGAUAUUGGCCAUAACGUGGGCUCGCAGACUCCGAAACGUCGUUUCAAAUUACUUUAUUCUAAACCUAGCAGUGUCGGAUCUUAUGGUGGGCGUAACGCUUCCGUAUCAUUUGGCGUUUUACGCGGACGACACGUUACACCGCAACAAGUCGGUAUGCAUCUCGCGCUUCAUCAUGUUCAGCUUAGCGUGCGGCGGGAGCAUAUACAAUCUCAUAAUAAUCGCCAUAGACCGAUACGUCGCUAUCGUGUACCCAUUGAGCUAUAAUGCAUACGCGACCAAGAGGCGCGUGCUACUGAUUAUAAUCGUCGCUUGGAUAUGUACCAUGGGCGUGUCAUCGAUUCCGACAUAUUGGAAUAAUUUUGACGCUUCUAACGCUGACCAGAAGUGCGAAUUGGAAACGGUAUUGCCGAGAUACUACAUAUUGGCUAUACAGAUGCCGGCACUUUUCCUCAGUUGGAUAGCAAUGUUUCUGCUGUAUUGGAAAAUCUGGAGAGAGGCGCAUAUGCACGCGCGUCGCAUGAAUCUCGGUAUCGUCCCGAAUAUCGCUGAAAAAAACGAUCGUAAAAGUGUACAGGUGGUGCUGCUGAUCCUGGGCUGCUUUUCGAUCUGCUGGUUCCCUUAUUUCGUCGUGGUUUGCAUUCGCAUGCACACCUCUGAUUGGAGAACAAACUCGAUGACGUUAUGGUACAAAUCCACGUUCGCAUUAGCCGUUGCUAACAGUGCGAUGAAUCCCUUCAUAUACGCGUGGAAAAACACCAACUUUCGCAAGGCCUUUCUAAAGAUUUUACACUUUAAAUCGCCCAAUGACUAUUUCAACUCGAGCUUCAAAAUGUACUUGGAAAAACAACGUCAACUAAAAAGCCAGACGGAUGUACAAGACAGUCACCGUACAAAUGGAAACAACAAUUCGCCCCAAUAUUCACCUAAUCCCCAAUCUGAUCACGCGGAAGAAAAUAGAACGGAAAAUACAAUUUUCUAAAUCUCAUUUAUUUUCAGCUAAAAGCUGUCUAAUAGAGAGAUAAAUUGUAAAUUAUUUCAUUUUCUCCAAAUUUAUAUAUUUGUGUAUAUUUGCCUGUAAGAAAUCUUUC